AUGGCGAGGAUGAAUGAAAUUUCUGCUUCUGCCAUGAAGAUUGACGUGAUAAGUCGCAAUUUUCUGAUCAGAUCAAUCCCAAUGCUGCACCUAUUAAAAUCUGUUCAGAUGCAGCAUGGAUCGCGGCAUGGGUAUUAUACUCGUUAUUGGUGCUUGGCGAGUUCAGAUCUCCUCUCCGGCGAAUGCUUCUCCUCUCCGACGAAGGCUUCUCUGAACGCGACGAUUUACAUAGAGUUUUCUGCCGGCAAAGUAUUCUUUGCAGGCGAAGUUGUGAGAGUAUUCUCGUCUCAGGCGGAAGUUGUAAUUUCAAACCCUUUUUGGGCGCCAUUUGGAGUUGAUGCAAAAGUCGUGGAAACUAAACAACCUCACUCGGUGUUGAGGGUGGAUUUGAUGGGAAGUUUUGAUCCUUGGUUCUUAGAGAAGUUACAAAAGCGACAACUUGGCAGCCGGAACUAUCAGCUCCUCUCCAUCAUAGGGCGUCCUUCUCCUUGGGGUGACUUUCUUCUGUUUGACCACAAUGUCCAAGAGCGAGUGAAUGACUUUGUUGAUAUUUUCUUCACCCCGGUUCCACAGAACUCCAGCCGUAACCAUGGCUUUGCUUUCAUUGAAUAUUAUAACCAUGCUUGUGCUGAAUGUUCAAGGCAGAAGAUGUCGAGCUCAAAAGUUAAGCUAGAUAGUAAUGUUCCAACUGUGAGUUGGGCUGACCCUAAGAAUGAGUCUGCUUCUUCUUCACAGGUGAAGGCAGUAUAUGUGAAGAAUUUGCCAAAGAACAUAACACAGGAUAAGCUAAGGGAACUAUUCGAAUACCAUGGAGAUUGAGAGAUUACAAAAGUAGUGCUGCCACCUGCAAAGUUUGGACAGGAAAAGAACAGAUUUGGUUUUGUUCAUUUUGCUGAGAGGUCAAGUGUCAUGAAGGCACUGAACAACACAGAGAAAUAUGAAAUAGAUGGACAAGUGCUGGAGUGUUCUCUUGCACAACCACAAUCAGAUCGAAAGGCUGAUGGAGGAGUGAAUUCACAAAAAGCAGCUUUGCUUCCAACCUAUCUGCCUCGUGUUGGUUAUGGUUUGGUUGGGGGUCCCUAUGGUGCUCUUGGUGCUGGGUAUGGUUCUGCAGGAUUUACGCAGGUGCGACGCCGGAGGACGCCAGUACCAGUGAGCACUGGGUUGCAUCCGUCUUUUGCCGAGGAAGGAAGGGCGACCCCACUUGCACUUGCUACCCAUGCUUAAGUAAUUGGAAGGGAUUCCGGACCCGAAGGGAAAGGAGUGGAACUGAGAAGUGACGGGGACACGCAACACGAAACCAUCAACUAUCUACCGCCAUCUAGAACACGAGAUGUUGAUUCAGGAAAUCCUUUGGAAACUGUAAUCGAGGUCCCGACUCUCUACAGAGGUGACCUCUGGGAUGAGGAGCUGGUUGCGCACGAGGAGGGAUGCGUGUGCGAUGAUUGUGCAGUUGGAGCACUCUGAGAAUGGGAGUAUCAUCUUCUAUUUUUGAUUC